AUGUGUGAAGUUCUUAUUCUGAUGCUCAAUUCGUUCUAUCGUGUCUACUAUCAAUUAUUCGAUUUAUGUGAGCACACUCUGAUUUCUGUGCUCAUUUUACUCGUCGUUCUGAUUUGUUUCAUUCCAGCUCUUUUCAAAACGGAAGAACAGCGCCCACUGUUUACCAUCUUUGUACUCGUCUGCGGCGUGGUCGGCGGCCUCAUCGUCGUCAUCUCCGUUGUCUAUCUCUACAGAUAUUGUCUGAAAAGAAGGAAUCCCGUCACAACAACGGUGAAUCCGGAUUUCAAGAGAGAACACAUUCGGAGUGUCGUCGUUGGCCUUAGCCGACCACUGCCCUUGCCGCAAGAAUUUUUGAAUUCUUCAACACCGAAACACACGUCAACAACUACAUUAGGAUACGAGGACGAUCACGAUAUUGAGAAUAGUAUAUCAGUGGUCCCAUUGAUUGUCACAAAUGAUUCAAAUUAUGCAUUGAGACUAUCUCAGAAUACUUAUAACACUCUUCUAUCAGUAUCUCCUGCUCCAACUCGUGCUCAUUCAGCUGAGCUGCAUCCUCCAGAAGUAUCGGAAGAAAUUCGUCGAAGUUCUUUUGAAGUUCAACGUGGAACAGGUCGACAACUUCCAAAAGAUGUACUUGGAGAUGAUGCUGGAAGUGAACUAGAUCCAGAUGCAGAUGCAGAAGGUGUUGGAAUCACUGGAACCAAUUCAGCAGGAAUCGAGACAGAUGAUAUUUUUCUGAUCGAAUCAGGAAUUGGAGUUGUUGAUGGUUUAAUGAUAAUUGGAGGUGUAGUACACUUGUUCAUUGACUUUGAAGAAUCAAAACGAGUUGGCAUUUGA